GGUGUUCUCUUUGCGCCAUUUAUGCUCGCUGAAACAAACAAGUUUUUUACAGGAACCAAAACCACAAUUAUUUAUUAGAAUUAGACAUACUACAAGAUACAAACAUAUUCAAUAAAGUACAUUGACAUUAAAGAACACAAUGAGCUGCGAAGACGAAGUUAUGAAGAUCGGAAAGAAGUUGGAAAAGAUGAUUUUAAACAACAGUGCCGACCAUGGAGGAGCCGAUGAUUUACUGAAUAAAUUGAAGGAUAUGCCAAUGACUCUUACAGUUCUGCAGAAAACUAGAAUAGGAAUGACAGUCAACAACUUCAGAAAGGCUGCAUCUAAAGAUGAGUUGGUAGUGCUCUCAAAGACACUGAUCAAGAGUUGGAAAAAACUUCUCUCCAGUGACUCAACGCCAUCAAAAUCAGACAAGAAGGAGAAAGAAAAGUCCUCUAACUCUCCAGAACAGACGGACAGUCCUUCAGAAAUGAUGGACGUCAAAGAUAGCCAGGGUAGUGAGCCAGGGAAAACCUUAAUGAGACAAGACUCUGAGGCGUCCAUUACCAAUGACCCUGUCAGAAUCAAGUGUCGAGAGCUUCUUGCUACCUCACUUGUACUUGAUGAGGAAGUUAAAGUCCGCAUUCCCAAUGCUCAGUGUCCUAAAGAACUUGCAGCGAAGAUUGAAGAUUCCAUACAUUUGGAGUUUAAAAACACAGAUCAGAAAUACAAAGCUAGAAUAAGAAGCAGAGUGGCCAAUCUGAAAGACAAAAAAAAUCCCAAAUUGAAAGAAGGAGUCAUAAUGGGAUUAAUUCCUCCAGAGAGAAUCGCCAAUAUGUCAGCAGAGGAAAUGGCUAGUGAUGAGAUGAGACAGCUGAGGGCUAAAUUCACCAAAGAAUCGAUUGAUGAUCACCAGAUGUCCAGACAAGAGGGCACAGUCACAGAUCUGUUCAAGUGUGGCAAGUGUGGCAAGAAGAACUGUACAUACAAUCAGCUACAAACAAGAAGUUCUGAUGAACCUAUGACAACGUUUGUGUUCUGCAUGGAGUGUGGUAACAGAUGGAAGUUUUGUUAAAACAAGAAUACAGUUGUCGUUUGUGGAAAAGAGAAGAGCCAGAUUAAAAUAGAAAGGGGGGGGGGGAACAGACAAUAAAAGAUGUGGAGUGACAAGCUUUAACUGUUUAUCAUGGGUUUGUGAUUCAGCAAUCUCCGGCAAAGUGAAAGUUGAUUAUGUCAGAACUGACUUGUCAUCAAGAUCAUCUGUAAAUAAACAUACUCACCAUUUUGUACCAAUUUCAAUCUUCAUGGAAAUUCAUUUCAUAUUACAUGUACCAUGUCUUAAGAAUUUCAUUUAAACAUUGGACUUGGUGGAAUUCACAUUGUGUGUUAUCCAAUUAAACUUUAAUUGUGUUGUAAAUUAUCCAUCGUGAGAAGUUUUGGGUUUUUAUUGUAACUUUGUGUGGAUUUUUUUUUCAUUAUGGCUACCAGAUUGAAAGGAAAUAAUUUGGAUUUAGUUUUUCUGUUAACUGGACUUCAGCUUUUAGCCAGCUGCAGAUUGAAGAACCAGUAUUUAAAAUUGAUAUUGUUGAUAAGGGCUUUUCAAUUUUAAAGACUUUAAUGUACCGUUAUACAGGUUUGUUUUAAAACUUGUUAUCUAUUAAAAAACACAAAUCCUGAUGGUUUGUAUUUCCAACUUUAAUAUGACUUUGACAUUUAACUUUGAUAUGUGAAUUUUUACUUUAUUAUAGAAAAUGUAAACCAUAACAUCCCAGUAGUUUCCGACAUGUUUAUAAUUUUCGUAAUGGAAAAAAGAUGUGUAUUACUGUUGAAAUUUUUGUGCUUCUUUGGUUGGUCCUUGUACAGUAUUUUUACUUUAUUAUCCCUAAUUUAAUAUUUAUUAGGAACUGUUAGGUGAAGCAUUUUUGGGUUUUAUUGAUAUAUGUUCAUGCACUUUUUCCUUUCUGAUUUAUGUACGUGUUUGUAGUGUAAUACCAAGCUAACCGAAAUUUGAAUUUCACAAUCAGUUUCUUUUUUAAAAAGUGUUGGCAAAUAUCUCCCUUUUUUUUGUUAAGAUUUAUCCUGUUGAUGCAAAUGAGAGAAUAUUUAAGUAAAUAAAGUUACAUUACAACUUGUUACCAAUAAAGGCGUGUCCAUUUGAGAAUCAACAAAA